AUGGAUGCCUUGGGUGGUAGGAGAGAAAGAGCGGCGAACGUCUACAGCAACGGCGAGUCGGAGCGUGUGAUCGCCAAAGCCAUCAAAGAAUACCAGAUCCCACGUCACAAGCUGGUCAUCUGCACCAAAUGCUGCGGCACGACUCGGGAAAGCAAUGAACCUGAAGUUCUUGCAAUCAAGGAGCCAGACAAGACCGUCGACUAUGUAAAUCAGCGAGGUCUCUCUCGUCAGGGUAUCUUCAACGCAGUCAAUGCAUCUCUGAAACGAUUAGAGACCGACUAUAUCGAUCUAUUGCAAAUACAUAGAUUCGACAAGACUGUGCCAGUUGCUGAAACGAUGAAAGCGCUGCAUGAUCUUGUUGAGAGUGGCAAGGUAAGGUACAUCGGUGCAAGUAGCAUGUGGGCCUAUCAAUUCGCCACCAUGCAAUUUACAGCCGAAAAGCAUGGUUGGACGAAAUUUUGGGGUCCCCUUGCCACUGGACAUCUAGCUAGACCGCAUGAGGACAUUGGCAAGACGACAAGGUCAUCAGACAAGCCACCACUGCCUGAAUCGCUUAUCAAGAUCAUCAACAGGGUAGAAGAGCUGGCAAAGAAGAAAAAGUGGCCAAUGAGUCAUGUUGCUCUCCUUUGGCUGAUGAAAAAGGGCAUCAGCAGUCCCAUCAUUGGUUUCAGUAAAGUAGAGAGAAUCGAUGAGGCGAUCGCCAUCAAGGACAAGGAUCUGUCAGAAGAAGAUAUGAAAUUCCUUGAGGAAGAGUACAUACCGAGAAGUAUAUUGGGCCAUUCAUAA